AUGGAGGUGACAUCUAAAUCAACAGACAAGGGAACUUUUAACAUCUAUAUACCAAAUGAAGGAGUAAAACAAUAUGAACAGAUAUCAGAUAUUCCUCCAUAUUUUACAACAGAAUAUUGUCUUAAACAGAUAACAGAAACUUGUGAUUUUCACUAUUCUCGACAAAGUGAUUCGUUUCAACAAAUUUUUGAUCUCCUAAAUCAAAUAAAAGACAAUCCAAUCUGCAAUCUGAUCAUUCAGGUGUGUAACACGAUAUCCAAUGAUUGUAGAAGUACUAAUAAAACAAUAGUAAAUCUAUGUCAGUCUGUAUCAGUUCUGUUAGCACACACUUCUUCAAAGGACAUCAACCAUGUUAAAGCUGAGCCUUCAUCAGAAAUUCAAAAUCAGUUAGUUUCUGUGGACAAAACACAGUCAGAAAAUCAAACAGAAAAUGACAAUUUCCAAUCAAGAUCUAAACUUAACAAAGCCAACUCCAAGAAAAUUAAAAAAGAUUCUGAUAGAAUUUUGAAGACUGUGAAGAAAGAUCUACAGAGAGUUACAAGGAGUGGAUUAAGAACACGACAUCAAAAUAAAAUUACAGUUCCUGAUAAUUGUGUCAGUGGGAAUUCCUCUCCUGAAAAUUCCCAAGAUGUUUCAGACAAUGAUCGUGACUCUGGAACUAGUGAUGUCAAUAUUACGUUUGGAUCUUUAGAAGAUGAUUCGGAAGAGGAAACAGAUCUCGCUGACAAUUCAGAUUUCAAGCAGAAUUCAGAAAAAGACAAGGACUCUACCAAGAGUAAUAUAAAGCCAGAUGUUAUUGAUGGGCGACCCCACAAAU